GUUGCUUCAGAAAUACAAUACUUAUCUAAUUAGAAUCACUGAAGAUCCUGAAGAUAAACUGCUUCUUAAGAGCCGAGGAAAACAGACCCCCGAGGAUUGGUUUGCCACAACCUCAUCAUUUGCCGAGUUCCAGUAUAAGAAUAUCUGAAACUAAGGCAAACUUUUCUACACUUGCAAUCACUGCUCUGUCUCAGCUAAUCUGACGCUUGUCCAUGCAUAUAGUGUUCUUGUUAUUAGCUCAAAGGAAAUAACUGGGAUGAAAAGGACUCUUCGACAAGGAAAGGUGUAUACCCAUAAGAACUUAAACAUGCAGUGUUAAUGCAAAGAAUUCAAAGACGAAACAAAACACCGCAUUUGAUUUAAGAAGCAGAUACUAAAUGGAGAAUAAGGCUAUGUACCUGAGCUCUUAUGAAGAGCGGGAAAAUGUAUCUUUUUACGAAGAAAGUUUUGAUGGAGUCAAUAGCAGAAGCCUGUCCAAGCUAAAUCUCUGUGAAGAAAGUCAUGCCAACAGGAGGAGAAAGGCUGAUAACUGCUGUGCUCAUCUCAAUUCAUUGUCAUCAAUCAAGUACGCCAUAGUGCUUCUGUAUGUUCUUGUGUUCCUCAGUAUCAUUGGUGUCUUCGUAACAGUGUCAAGAUCACAGAUGUCAACAGAGGGCUUGGAAACAUUGGCAGAAAAUGUGACACAGUUAAACGGCGGCUUCAGAGACUUACAACUCUCCUUGUCUCAGCUCUCUUUCAAGAGGGACGUUAUGGAGAACAUUUGGAAGCUGGAAAAUCUCUACCAGAACCAUUCAGACACAUUGCUGCUGCUAAGACUGGCUAUCCAAAGGCUGGAGAACAGCGUUCAGAGCCUGCAGACGCAGUCUGACGAGAUAACUACAUCCGUGACAGAGUUGGGAGACGUCUUUAAGGGGCUGACUGACAGCAGCAACAGAGACACCAGCCAGCUCAGUGCUGAGUUGGGCAGAACCAAGAUAUCUUUGCAUAAGCAAGACACAUUGCUGAAGGAGACUGCUGGUCUGGUGGGUGGACUGAAGGAUAAGUUGGACGAGGUGUGCGGAACCAUGAAUGCUGUGAAUACUACGUUAACUCAGGACGUUGGUGCCCAUCACUUGAAAAUCCAGGACCUUCAGAUACAGAUCACCAAUAUCACAGAGGAUGCCAAAACUAUAAGGGUGACACAGAUUAGCAUGGAGGAGCAGCUGAGAAACGAGGUAACCAUCCUGAAUUCCGUCAUGGAAGACCUGAGGCUUAAGGAUUGGGAGCAGUCUGUGGCACUGAAGAAUCUGACGUUAAUGGAGGGGCCCCCAGGGCCAAAAGGGGACAGAGGGAAUGGCGGACCCCCAGGAAGUGCUGGUCUGCCAGGUUUACCUGGAUUGAGAGGAAUGCCUGGCGAAAAUGGAUUACCAGGUGGGCAAGGCCUGAAGGGAGACCCAGGGCAAGAUGGCCUGCCUGGUCUCAUUGGAACUAAGGGAUCAAAAGGUGAAAGAGGUGAAAAGGGAGAAAAGGGUGACAGAGGAGAGAAGGGAGACCAAGGAGCAGAUGAAACCAUAGUUCGGCUGGUGAACGGAUCUUCACCCUCUGAGGGCCGGGUGGAGGUGCACUACGACAAGCGCUGGGGGACAGUGUGUGAUGACGGCUGGGACAAAAAGGAUGGAGACGUGAUCUGCAGGAUGCUGGGAUUCAAAGGAGCCAAGGAUGUUCAUAAAACCGCAAGAUUUGGGCAAGGCUCUGGAUUCAUUUGGAUGGAUGACGUUGCCUGCACAGGGACAGAAGAAACGAUCCUUCAGUGCAGAUUCGCAGGCUGGGGAAAGACUAACUGUGGACACGUGGAGGACGCUGGCGUUACCUGCAACCCAUAGCAGGAAUGUUGUAAAGAGAGGAAAGAGGAAGCAACUGUCAAAACAAAUAAUACAUGGAUAUAGGCAAUUAGGCAUCAGCGUCAGCAAGACAAAUGGUUUUACUUUUUGCAUUUCUUCUUAUCCAUAAACAUCCAUAAUGGUGACUUUGGAUAGUCCACAAACAGUCCCUGCUUUUGUGGCAGAUUGUAGUGGCUUGAGAUGUCUUCUGAUGGAUGAUGUUGUUAUUAAUACCCUAAUUUAACCAGGAAAAGAAAUGCACUAGGUCUGUGCUCUUUUCAUACUAAGGGGUUCCUGGCAUGACAACACAAGCCAAAGUACUGGACAUUGCAGCACAAUACAUUCAUGAAAUAAUAUUAUUGUGUAUAAAAAAAUAAAUAAAUAAAUCUGCUAAUAGGUUUAUAUCUAUUUGAGUAUAAUAGAUGUCUAAUUAGAAUGUUUUUAAUGUAGGUACCAUAAUGUAAUCUAUUGUUUCCACAAACAUAUACAACCCAGAUUAAACCAUGCAUUUACACUAACAACUGUAUAGUAAAUGUGUAACAGCUGUUUUUCAUUCUCUUCAGAUUAAUUGAUUUGCAUUUUAUAUAUUUCUAUGAGAGUUUUGUUAUGUUAUUUUGACAAUAUGAGAAUAAUGCAGAUGCACAAUGCAAAUGAUUUAAUUCACAUGU